CAUAAGAAAUAAAAUUAUUCCAACUUAUCAGCAUUUCUUGAUGUUUAUAAAGAUGAUUAAUGGUUAAUUAAGUCCCAAGCAAAGGAUGAAUGAAAAAAAAAAAGAAAGAGAAAAAAGGAAAUGGCAACAUGUCAUCAAGAAAGCUGUGCUGUGUGUCAGUUCUGGCGUGCAUAGAUGAGCAAAGGUGAUUGGAGUGUGUUAUUAAUGCGAUUCUCAUAAAACAAAAUCAAAAUCAAAAUCGAAGUUUUCAACUUUCUCUUCACAGAUAUUAAUAAAGAGGGAGUAACCCAGAAAAGUUAAAGCAAGAAUUUGUACUAGAGUGAGAAAAGCAGUGUAAUUACACAGAUAAAAACAUUUAUUUAUGUAGCAAAGCAAAUUGUUCAAAUGAAGAUUCUGAAACAAGGCACCGGCCCAUUUACUUAAGAGUUGCAGGUUUUCAAACUUCAACGGUUGGAAAAACUAUAUAAAAUUAUACUGAUUUGGAUGUGUAAAAAUUGGAACUUGAAGCUUGAAGCUUGAAGCUUUAAGGCAAAAGGGUAGGUCUUAGUGAUAAGAAUUCUUUUAAGCUUUAAAAUAGAAUAGGCAAAACAAGCUAACAGAGUGUUAUCAGAUAGAAAAAUAAAGAAAUAGUUUGGCAGUGUGAGUGGAUUCAGAUUUGUGCUUGUGGGUCUGGUUUUGAGGAAUUAUUUAGUCUAGAGGUCUUUCAGUUGUCCCCUGGAGUGACUUGCCACCUCCGGGCUCCGUGGGCUUUGCCACAGACCAAGGAAACAAUCUCUUCUUUGGCUCUCUUGCCAUUCAAGAGAACCUUUUCUUAUAAAAUUCACUAAAAGUUCCCAUCUUGCAUUGUCAAUUUCUCUCUCUUACUUGGACUCACUUCCUCGGUUGCUGUCAAGAUUCGGUCAUAUGCUUCGUCGCAUAUAUCCUUCCCCUUCUUUUUAGAUCCUUCUUUACUCUCUCUUCAAACCCAGAAAGUUAAGUCACUCACAUUUCAGAAACUUGGUCCCCACACUUGGGGCAUCCCUUUCUAUUUUGGGGAACUUUCUUCUUGAUUUUGGGUUUGUAAAUUUUAUUAUGGGGAUGUGAGGUGGUGAGCGCGAGGUAUUUGGUUUUAGCAGGAGUGAUCGGUUGGUUGGCGAGGAAGGGUAUAUUUCUGAAAUCUGAGAUUUCAGAGAAGGCAUUUCUGGUUUCUCAACAUGAAGUUUAUGAAACUUGGAUCAAAGCCAGAUGCCUUUCAGACUGAUGGCAACAAUGUUAGGUAUGUGGCAAGUGAACUGACAACAGACAUCGUUAUCACUAUUGGAGAUGUGAAGUUUUAUCUGCACAAGUUUCCUCUUCUUUCAAAGUGUGCCUACUUGCAGAAGUUGGUCUCAACCACUAAUGAAGAAAAGAGUGAUGAGAUUAAUAUUUCCGAGAUCCCUGGUGGGCUAGCUGCCUUCGAGAUAUGUGCCAAAUUUUGUUAUGGCAUGACUGUCACACUCAACGCUUACAAUGUAGUCGCUGCUCGUUGUGCAUCCGAGUAUCUAGGAAUGCACGAGACUAUCGAGAAAGGGAAUCUCAUAUACAAGAUUGAUGUUUUCUUAAACUCCAGCAUCUUCCGCAGCUGGAAAGAUUCGAUAAUUGUUCUUCAGACAACCAAGUCCCUGCUGCCAUUCUCCGAGGAAUUGAAGGUGGUUAGCCUUUGCGUUGAUGCUAUAGCUAACAAGACCUGUGUUGAUGUUUCCAAGGUUGAAUGGUCUUAUACCUAUAACCGGAAGAAGCUUCCCGAGGAAAAUGGAAAUGAUUUAAACUAUAGCAAUGUUGUCAAUCGUUUGGUGCCAAAAGACUGGUGGGUCGAGGAUUUGUGUGAACUCGAAGUCGAUCUGUACAAGCGUGUUGUAGUGAAUAUCAAAUCCAGAGGAAUACUUUCUAACGAAGUCAUCGGAGAAGCCUUGAAAGCUUAUGCUUACCGAAGGUUGUCAGGUUUCAGUAAGGGGAUGAUCAAUGGAGACUUGGUUAAGUAUCGUUCAACAGUUGACACAAUUGUGAGACUUUUGCCUGCAGAAAGAGGCAGUGUCUCGUGUAGUUUCUUGAUGAAGCUACUGAAAGCAGCCAUUACCGUGGACUCAGGAGAAAUGGUAAAGGAACGGCUCAUAAAAACCAUAGGGCAGCAGCUUGAGGAGGCUUCUGUAAGUGAUCUUUUGAUACGAGCACCGGAAGGGGAAAACACAAUGUAUGAUGUUGAUACUGUGCUGAAAAUAGUGGGGGAGUUCCUUAUGCAAGAUCAGAGUGCUGAAGUUGAAUUGAUAGAAGGCCCAGAGCUUCAGGCGGUGAGAAAACCAGGAAUUUUAUCUGUUGCUUCCAAGCUGAUGGUUGCAAAACUGAUAGAUGGAUACCUUGCUGAAAUUGCUAAGGAUUCCAAUCUGCCAUUGUCGAAGUUUGUUGAUCUUGCAGAGAUGGUGUCUACUGUUUCUCGGCCUGCUCAUGACGGGCUUUACCGGGCUAUUGACAUUUAUCUCAAGGUAAGAGCUUAACGAAGUUCUCAUGAGAUGCUCAUCAUUUUAUU